AUGCCAAAGUUCUGCCUCUUCGCCUGCCGAUCCCGCCACGACGCGAGGUCCUCCGCAGCCUCGACCACCACCGCCAACUCAUCAUCGCCCACCCAUCACGACGAUAACGACGACUGCCAACCGCCCGCCCGCGUCCUGACGCCCACCGGCAAGCACUUCGCCGUCGCGCAAAAGGAACGCCGCCGCGCCUCGCCACCGCCGUGCAUCAUCGUGCCCUCGGCCGGCGGCGGCCGCAACCAGUCCCUCUUCCCCUCGACCACGGACGUGUCGGCCCUGUCAGACAAGCCGGCCGACAGCCCGGUCGACUCGCUGCACCGGCACCACCGCCACUCCUACUACCGCCACCAGUCGCACGACACCACCGGCAGCGGCACCACCAUCACGGGCAGCAGGCCGCAGACCGUGUACGCCGCUGCCGACAGCCCGGUCUCGAACCUGGCGCCGACGAUCCGGAUCGUCUCCGAUGGCGCCACGUCGCCGACGCCGGUGGAUGCGUGUCACUACGAGAACCUCGCAGCAGAUGACGACGACGACGACGAUGACCACUACGACGGCCGCCGCUCGGCCACUCUGAGGGGCUCGCCGAGCCCGAGUAAUGCGUCCUUUUACGACAGUAGGCCCAGCACCGCCUUCUUCGACGCCGAGAGCCACUUGCGCUUUGGUGGUGGGCCCUCGUGCGCGUCAUUGGGCCGCUUCGACACGAGGGGGCACUCGCAGGGGCUGGUGCCUGUCGCGCCCGCCGAGUAG